GUCGGGGGCCCGAGGAGGAAACGGACUGAAAAACGCCGCACUGUGACUCCCGAUGUGCAGUCCUUAAAGUAACGUUUUUUAUAUUUUAUUUCUUCCGCGAAGAAACCUCAAGUUUUUCUAUUUUUCGAAAAGUAACGCAUCUACCUCAUUUUUUAAGGAUUUUAAUCACGGUUUUGACCCGUUUACACCUCCUCCUCCUUCUGCCGCAGGGCUGUUUUUUUGUAUUUUUGCACUCACUGAAGCGAUCCCGACGUUGAGCGAUGUCCAGCCUGUGCCUGCUGGCCCUCAGAUGAUCUAUGACCACACCUUAUUGAUGCACUUUAGCACCUUUACGGAGCCUUCCCCCUGCUGUGAACCCCGCAGCUGAUGACCAAAGUGACCGCAACGCCUCCCCGCCGUCGCCCCGAGCCACGCGCCUCCCUCGACCCCUCCCUCAUCCUCACGCCCCUGCAGGACAUCUCGGGAUGUUCCAGAGGUUCUCCAGUGCUCUUUUUGGGGACAAUGUGGAGGAGGUGAGUCGAGGCAGCAGACCUGGGGACGGCAAAGUGGAGGAGAUAGAGGAGGAGGAAGAAGAAUGGAUCUUGGUCAACUACCUGACUGAAGCUGGCUCCAGCCAGUGUAAUGAUGACCACUCAGGAUCCACCAUCAUCCAAAAGGACAAGGAAGAGGAUGAGGAUGAGGAUGAGGAUGAGGAUGAGGAUGAUGACCUGGUGAUGAUCCCCUCACCCUUGGGCACCCCCCCCGUCCGCUACGCCUCCUGCACCUCCCUCAACUCCACAGCUGACACCGACCCAGAUGGUGGCGCAGAUGAAGAUGAGGAAGAUGAAGAGAGCGGGUUCCUGCGUGUGGACGCCCGCUCUCUGCAGGAGAGCUGGUUUCUUACCCCCCCACCCUGCUUCACUGCCCGCAGCAUCUUUCCAAUUGUCCUGGAGCCCAGCCCUCUGGAGAACCUGCUAAUUGAACACCCCAGCAUGUCUGUCUACACCCACCACAGCAUCCCGCGACUGAACCUCAAACCCCUGCCACCAAGCUCAGAUGAACCGGAACUGGGCUUUUCGUCCGAUGAGAUACCUGCAAGCCUGACAGCCUCAAGCGGAAAAGAGAAGGCCAGACGCACGCCAGAAGGCCCUCGUCACAGGCCAGAGGCGGCAGUUUCCCAGCGGCGCUCCAGCCUUCACUCCUCCUGCUACGCUGCAGCCCUCUCCGCUCAGGCCGGCCUCGUGCAGCAGAGGCCGGGAAACCCUACCCAACGCACCCAGCCUGUGUCCCGCAAGGCCCUGCGACGCCUGAACCUGCUGCGCCCCCCAAAGGCCAACACCAUGCACCUGCACCAGCCCAGCCAGAGGCAUCUCAACUUCUGAGAUGUCCUGACGCCAUCUUCAUCCUCAUCACCAUUCUUAUCAUCAUCAUCAUCAUCAUCAUCAUCAUCAUCAUCAACCUCAAUACAUUAAGUAGUAUGGGAAUGUAACACUGGCCACCCACAAGCAUCCAUCUCUGUUUUCUUUCUUCUCUUCAACAAACAAACACCAGCAGCAAGUUAACUAUGUCAUCAGCCACCACUUACACCAAAUCUGUUCUGAAAGCUGAUUGGAUGGUGAAAUUGGGAAGGUGGUUGGUGACUUUUUUAUUUAUAUCAGUAAUGUAGCCAGUGAAGACUUUCUCUCCCUCCCCCACUUCACUCCCCACGUCCUCCUCCUCUUCUUCAUCCAUCCAUCCAUCCAUCCAUCCUCCUUUAUAUUGAUACUGAGAAGAAGGGAUAUGAAAAGGUCAUAAUGUCCGCCUUUUCCCUUUUUACCCAACCAUUUAUUCUUCUAUUUUUUUUUUGGAUCAGUGCAUCCAAUCACAGAGAGAAAGAGAGGUCACGACAACUUCCCUUUCUUUUCUUUCUUCUCCUUGUUGUUCUUUAUGGUCACCUUAAUGUGUAGAAUCAAUACUGUAGGUCACUUUACUAAGUGGCAGGUUCACGGUGUGGCAGGAUGGUCCGGUAGUGCCACUUCAGGGUCUCACGGUGUGACUGCUGGUUGUCUGGCAACCUUUUGGGCUACUUGAGGAGACUAGGCGACAUUUCAGAUCCUAAAUGACUUGAACAUAAACAGUGCAGAGGGACAAUGUUUCCAUUUAAUCAUUGCGGGAAUGUUUUGAUGUAGUGUUGCCCAAAACUUUGCCAGUGGAGGGCUGUUCACGCUAGUGGUUGGUGUUUAGGUGGGUUUAAAGGAAAAAUCUCCUGAUAUAAUCUGAUGUGGUGGUAGUCAGUGGUCUGUACCAAAUGCUCUGUUUGUGUCUUGAGUGACAUCCUGCAUCUUAGAGGAGAACAGGGUAUGCUCAUAACAACUGUAGGAACAGAAGCUCGGCUUUAUUAGAGCUGACUGUAAUGUAAUCACACCUUUCCGACAGUUUAAAGCUUUAUAACAACUUUAUUACAGAAGAAAAGUGCAACAUUUUGAGCCUCUUUAUAAGUGCAAUACAAAUCAUCUUCCCUUUUAAAACAAAAUUCUUGCUGUUAUGUUUAAUAAUACAUGUUUCACGUAGACUUAAACACGUGCAUUCAAAGGUUGUCCUGUGAAACUGGAGGGUGUGUUAACUGAAAACAGAGAGUUUCAGCACAAUUAGAACCACGUUGGACUCAAACCUAACUAUGUACUGUAGCUGCUUUGCCUAAUAGUCCAUUUUCUGUUCUGUACUUUCAGGCUUAGAUUUCUAGUUUCUGUGUGUUUCUCUUUGUGACUGACUUGGUUGCAGAAGGAACCCCUUCAGUUUACUCAGUCUUAUACUGUGUGUGUUUGACUGAUUAUUAACCACAGUUGAUGCCAGUAAUGCAAAACACAACUGUAUUAAAGCCUUUUGAGGGAAUUUUUCCUUUAUAUCCCUUCCUUUUGAACUCUAUAGCACCACCGAUUUGUGAAAUGCGACACUUCUGUGUUGCUCGUCCUGCAGCUCCAGCUGAACCUGCCUCUGACUUUAUAAUUCAGUACUUUUCACAAUAUUUCUUUAAAGAAAAAAAAAAAGAAAAAACAUUGAAAAAUUACUGGGUUAAAUAUCACUAAACGCCUUGUUUUAACGGUAGCUUUGAGAUGAAUAGAAAUGUAAAAAAAAAAAAAAAAAAAAAAAAAAAAAAAAAAGUAUGAUUAAAAAAAUCUUCCAAAAUAUUUUUUGAAAAGAAAAAAACAAAUUACAUAUCAGUAUGAAGUUGGUAUAUAUACGUCUAUGGUUUUUUGCUUAGGUGUGUUUGGUUAUGAUAGUGUGCAAUCUGUUGCAUGGUUGUAGAGUUUUGUUAGUGUCAUAAUGGUGGAAAAAAAGAAAAUGGAAAAUCAUUCUUUUCUUUUUUGUGUGUGUAUUUUGUUGUUUUGUUUUUUUUUCUUAAAUGAAUCUGCAGUCCACUUCUCAGGGUCACAACCAAUCACCUUUACUCUUUAGGAAAAUGCAGAUUUACUUGACGGCUGAUGAUUCUUGUGUGCACUCGGACUUUUUCCAGCUCUGUCCCUGCGUGCUUUCCCUCCGCGAAAACGUUUGUGAGAAGUAAUCGACUUCUAGUUUAGUGUCACAGAAAACUUCGUUUGGUCCCAGGACUGUGAAAUGAACUGUGACACUGUCGGUUGACUGUUGGGAAUCCAUCAGGAUGGAGAGAAAAGCUGUUGGUCUUUUUCAGCAGUGUUUAUAUAUUUUGCUCAACUGUACCUAACAUGGUUCUAGAAAUGUACUUCAUGCUAUUUUUAACUGUUCUCUUUUCCAUGUUAACAUAGUUACAUUUUGUUAAAUAUUUAAACCAAAAAA